GGCCGCCGUGUCUCUCAAAGACCAGAUUGUCGAGGUCACGUGGAAAGCACGCGGCGGCAGUUCGGGUGCUUAUUUGGAUCCGACGGUGUACACGGGGUUGAUGGGGACGGCUUACACCUGCCUCCGGUCGUUUGAGGCCACCGGAAAUCGCCGUGACUUGCUAUUGUGCACCGACAUUGUUGACAGUUGCGCGUCACUCGCCUCCACCAGGCACAUAACAUUUCUGUGUGGUAGAGGAGGGACCUAUGCACUAGGUGCAGUUGCAUGCAAUUACUGUGGGGAUCAGCAGAAGCGAGACUUUUAUUUGAACUGUUUCCUAGAGGUAGCACAGGAGAAGGCCCUUCCUGUUGGUCCUGAAGAUGGAGGAUUCGGAAUGUCCUACGAUCUGCUCUAUGGAAGAGCCGGUUUUUUGUGGGCAGCUCUUUUCAUAAACCGACACUUAGGAUCAGAAGUAGUGCCAAAUGAACUUCUCAUGCCGGUAGUUGAAGCCAUACUAGAAGGCGGAAGGGCAGGGUCAUCUGACAAUUCAAGCUGCCCACUUAUGUACAGAUGGCAUGGCACAAGAUAUUGGGGUGCAGCACAUGGUCUUGCUGGCAUUUUGCAAGUGUUACUGCAUUUCCCACUACGAGAGAAUGGUAUUGAAGAUGUUAAAGGCACUUUAAGAUACAUGAUGAGCAACAGGUUUCCAUACAGUGGCAAUUACCCAGUCAGCGAGGGAAAUCCGAGGGAUAAGCUGGUGCAAUGGUCUCAUGGUGCAACUGGCAUUGCCAUAACUUUGUGCAAAGCAUCUCAGGUAUUUCCAAACGACAGGGAAUUCCGGGACGCAGCAAUAGAAGCCGGGGAAGUAGUGUGGAAGAGAGGGCUGGUGAAGAAGGCGGGAUUGGCGGAUGGUGCUGCUGGGAAUGCGUAUGCAUUCUUGUCUCUCUAUCGGUUAACAGGAGAAAGCAUAUACAAGGAAAGAGCAUGGGCAUUCGCAAGCUUCCUGUAUCACAACGGUGGCAGGGACACCGCUGGGGACAAAGCAGCAGACCACUCCUACUCCCUGUUCCAAGGGUUAGCCGGUAUGGUCUGCUUGUGGUUCGAUUUGCUCACUCCAGAGAAUUCCAGGUUUCCUGGUUUUGAAAUUUAAGCCCACCGAGUAUUGACAUGCUUGUCUCUCUGUAAGAUACUAAAACUGAAAUAUAUAUGGACACUGAGUUAGUUGGAAAUGCACUACUUUGUAAGUGCUACUGAUGUAUAUAGUGUCUUAUUUUCAUUAUCAUGAUUACUCGAACAAUAUUGUGAUGUUUGGCUAUUAUAUUCCCAUCACAAAAUGAAAACGGAAUAUGAUAUUGAAUGGAGGACCAUUAUCUCGUUUGUGCCAUGGAGUAA